AUGAACAGUUCAGGAGAUAAAAUUGAAAGUGAUGGUAAAAAGAUAAAAUUAAUAAAGGACGAAAAUGAAAAAGAAGAAUUAAUCAGUGUAGAAAAUCGAUUUUUAAAUGAUGAAAAAGAUGAUAAUAUAAAAGAUGUUAAAGAAUAUAUAAAUAAUGAGAAAUCAUAUAUAAAUAGAUUAAAUACAUAUAAUAAAUGGAUAAAUAAACCUGUACAUUUAUGUUCGUUAAUAUUAGCUAGAAAUGGUUUUGUAUGCAAAAAUGAAUCUACUAUAGAAUGCGAAAAUUGCCAAUGUAAAUAUAUAUAUGAAAAAGGAACAUAUUCUAUGUAUACUAGAAUAAAUGAUUUGUGUCUAUUACAUAGUGAUAAUUGUCCAUGGAAAAAUAAAUUAAUAGAUUUAUCAUUUUUUAAACUUGACAAUAAUUCAUUAGAGGGAGUAAAAUUACUUAGGGAAUAUAAAAAUAAUUGUGAAAUUCUUAAACGAUCUUUAUUAUAUAUACCUAUGAUAAAUAUAAAAAAAACAAUUAACGAUAUAAUACUAGUUAUUAAAAAACAUGUACAAAAUGAUAAAACAAAGAAAAAGUUUACAAUUUUUAAUUCAUAUUUGGAAUUUUUUAAAAAUAAUUUUAUUCCAAUUUUUUUAAAGAAUGAAAAUAUUAUUCAAAAAUCUAUGGAUUAUAUAAAACAAAAUUAUAAAGAUAUGGAAAAAUAUAUAAUAGAUGCAGAUUAUAUUAAAAAUCUAAAAUUCAAUUUAUUUAAUAUAAAUAAUUUUAUAAAUAUAUUGUCUGAUAUAGAAACACUUGCACAAUUACCACAUGAAAAAGAAGACAUAAAUGCUUAUGUUAAAAUUAUACAUCAUUUAAAAAAAUAUGAAUAUGAAGAUAUUAAUAUAUUUAAAAUUAUUUCAUUAUUAGGAUGGACAUAUAAAGAUGAAAUUCAAAAUAAUUCUAAAGAACAAAUUAUUUCAUGCAAAUAUUGUUAUAGGGAGGUAAAUAUUUCUGACUAUUCAUAUUUUUCACCAAAUGAUAAUAAAUACAAUUUAUUCAUACAAGUUGAUUCGAAUGAUAUGGAUUAUUUUUUAUCUGAGACAUCGAAAAAUAAAUCAAUAAAUCAAGAACAAAAUGAAAAAACGAUAAACUUAAUUUUGGAUGAAAUCCUAACCCUAGUAAAUGGACAUUUUGAUCAAGCAGGAGAAAUCAUAUACGAAGAAAUGGAAAACCAACUAGGUAAGAAUGUUAAUAACAAAGAUGACGAUAAGUCGAUAGAUGUCAGGGGAAAUGAGAAGGAAACUGUGGUAGAUGCAGAAAAAAUAGAACCCAUUAAUGAGAAAGAAGCCAGUGAGAAAGAAGCCAGUGAGAAAGAAGUCAGUGAGAAAGAAGUCAGUGAGAAAGAAGCCAGUGAUGAGAAAGAAGUCAGUGGUGAGAAUGAAAUAAAACAGAAAGAAUCAUUUUCCUUUAAGUCCACAUUGAAAGGAAUAUUUCUUUCAAAAAAAACAAAUGAUAAUUUAAAGGAAGAUGGAAAAAAAAAUAAUAAUAAUGAUAAUGACAAUAAUGAUGAUAAUGACGAUAAUAAUGACAAUAAUAAUGACAAUAAUAAUGAUAAUAAUAAUGAUAAUAAUAAUGAUAAUAAACAAGCAAGCUCCUUAAAUGAAGCAAUGCUAAAGGUAUGCAAAUACAUAGAUGAUGAUAAAUAUUUUUUUAAGGGAAAAUCUAAUUAUUAUAUAUUAAAAGAAUCUAUUCAGGAAAACUUAGAUAAAAAUCAAAUAAAAAAACAAAAAAUAACAAAUAAAAUAUAUGCUAUAAGAUUAUUUAAUUUGAUAGAAAACCAUAGAGUAUAUUGUCCAUACAUUAUGGAAGAUUUGUAUGGAUUUUCAAAAAUAACAAAACUUUUAUUUGAACUACUUAUGGCUGAGUUUCAGAGAAUGUACAUGUUUAAAUAA